CUCUUCUCGCGAGAGGUGUGAGCCCGCUAUCAUGGCGGCGGAGGAGCCGGAGGUGGAUGUCGAGGGGGAUUUGGCGACCGCGCCAGAGGAGGCAGCCUCAGAAGGUCAUGAAAACACAGCAUCAAGCUUACUGCAGGAUCACUACCUUGAUUCAUCUUGGAGAACUGAUAACAGUCUUCCGUGGACGCUGGACAGCAGCAUUAGUGAAGAAAACAGGGCCGUCAUUGAGAAAAUGCUGCUGGAGGAAGAAUAUUAUCUCUCAAAUAAAUCACUUUCUGAGAAAAUAUGGCUCAGUCAAAAGGAAGCAGAAAAAAGAUCUGUGAAAAGCCCACAUAAGAAAACUGGAAAAGCCAUGGUGCGAUCUCCUACAAAACCAGGUAGCUACUCAUUGAAGUGGACAUCAGAAGAAAAAGAACUAUUUGAACAAGGGCUGGUGAAGUUUGGCCGCCGCUGGACAAAAAUUGCCAAGUUGAUUGGGAGUCGUACAGUGCUACAAGUAAAGAGCUAUGCCAGGCAGUACUUUAAGAACAAGGCAAAAAACGAUGGUUCUGAAAGAGAAGAGCAAAGUCAGCAUGGUGGCAGCCUUCCCACUGAAGAUGGGGUAAGGGUAGAAGCGUGGUCAGCUGGAAACUUGAGAGGCCGUGCAGACCCUAACCUGAAUGCAGUGAAAAUUGAAAAGCUGUCGGACGAUGAAGAAGUAGAUAUAACUGAUGACAUGGAUGAACUGUUUUCUCCUGCUUUCCAGCAAGAUGUUGGAAAAUCUGAACUGUCAGAAAGUCCAGCUGAAGAAACAAAAGGAACUGAGCAUGCUUUUCCAAGUGCUGGACGUAGUUCUGCUGUUUCUUUGCUGAAAGAAGGCUCUCAGAAUACCAAGCAAUCCACAGUGGACGCGUUACCUUCUCAGGUAGCGACGUGUUCUCAGCACGUGAAUGGUGAUAAAUCUGUGAACUUGGAUUACCAGCAGUGCAGUGAUUUUAUAGAGAAAGCUGAACAGGGCACAACAGGAGCAUCUCAUGGUGCUAGACAAAUAACUGAGCAGGAGCUUCAUGAGGAACAGAGAGACCUGGCUGAUAACGGACUGCUUUUUCAUCCCCCCUGCCAAGUGGAUGAAGAUCACCAAGAAGAAGCAGAGGCUCUUAAGCCACCUGAUCAAGAAGUGGAGAUUGAUAGAAGCAUCAUCCUGGAAGAAGAGAAGCAAGCUAUUCCUGAAUUCUUUGAAGGACGCCAGGCCAAAACACCAGAGCGUUACUUGAAAAUUAGGAAUUAUAUUUUGGAUCAGUGGGAGAGAUGUAAACCCAAAUACCUGAAUAAGACCUCAGUGCGUCCGGGCCUUAAGAACUGCGGUGAUGUAAACUGUAUUGGACGUAUCCACACGUACUUGGAAUUAAUAGGAGCAAUUAACUUUGGCUGUGAACAGGCUGUCUAUAACAGACCACAACCAGCUGAUAAAUCUCGGUCCAAGGAAGGCAAAGACACAGUGGAAGCAUACCAGCUUGCUCAGCGUUUGCAGUCCAUGCGUACAAGAAGACGGCGAGUCCGAGACCCUUGGGGAAACUGGUGUGAUGCCAAGGAUUUGGAAGGGCAGACGUUUGAGCAUCUGUCUGCUGAAGAGUUAGCAAGAAGAAGAGAAGAAGAAAAACUGAAGCCUGCAAAAUCAUCUAAAGGUUCAAGACAAAUAAAAAGUUCCUUUGAUCCCUUUCAGCUGAUACCAUGCUGUUUAUUCACUGAAGAAAAACGGGAACCUUUUCAGGUGAAAGUGUCUUCAGAAGCACUUUUAAUAAUGGAUUUGCACUCACAUGUGUCUAUGGCAGAAGUAAUAGGGUUGCUAGGUGGAAGAUACUCUGAAGCUGAUAAAGUUGUAGAAGUUUGUGCAGCAGAGCCGUGCAAUAGCCUCAGUACAGGGCUGCAGUGUGAGAUGGAUCCUGUAUCACAAACGCAGGCCUCAGAAACACUUGCUGCCAGAGGAUACGGUGUUAUUGGGUGGUACCAUUCCCACCCAGCGUUUGACCCCAACCCCUCCAUACGAGAUAUUGACACCCAAGCUAAAUACCAGAGUUACUUCUCCAGGGGCGGUGCCAUGUUCAUUGGAAUGAUUGUAAGUCCUUACAACCGAAACAAUCCUCUGCCGUAUUCUCAGAUUACUUGCCUGGUGAUCAGUGAUGAGAUCAGCUCUGAUGGUUCCUACCGCCUGCCCUACAAAUUUGAAAUACAGCAAAUGUCAGAGGAACCUCAGUGGGAAUUAAUAUUUGAGAAAACAAGAUGGAUAAUUGAAAAAUACAGAUGCUGUCACAGCAGUGUCCCCAUGGAUAAAAUCUUUCAUAGAGAUUCAGACCUGACUUGUUUGCAGAAACUGUUGGAGUGCAUGAGGAAGACCUUGGGCAAGGUGUGUUUGUGCACAGUUUUAGAUCACACUGCUGUGUAUAACUUACAAACUUGGUGCAUCCAUCUGUUUAAGGCAUGCUGACUCUGCAUAUAUUCGAAAUCAUCAUCUUUGGGAAUUCCUAAUUAAAAACACUGCAUGGCUUUCUGUAUUUCUGAUUUAGACAACACUCUUGGUGACAAAGCAUUCUGUCCUGAGUUGGUUCUGUCCUGGAUGAUCUGCAGCAUGAGGAGUUCUGCUGCAGUUUUACAUAGGAUACUCCAGAAACAUCAUAUGCUAUAUAUUGUAUGUACUAAAAGCUGUAGUUCUCCUAUAAACUAGAAGGAAAUUUCAGCCUCAUAUGUAACAGCAAUAUGAAGUAGAUACCAUUCUUUGUCCGUAUACACGAAUGUCAGUGUUACCAAAGUAGUGGUAAGAACGUGCUGGCUGCUUUUCUGCUUAAGAAUUAAAGCGAGUUAAAGUAAUACAGUCGUAUUAAUUGGUUUUAAGUCGCAUUAAGUCAGAAGAAUUUGGAGUCAAACUCACUUCUGAAGCAGCUCAAAUCUCCAGAGUAUGUGCAGAACUGAGCUUUUGAUACGUGUGCACACAAAGGCACCAGGUUUCCCAAGGGUGAUCUGGUACCAAAGGUUUCCAUGGGCUGUGUCUCAAAGUGCAGGAAGGGUGAUGGGGGCACGCAGUGAGCUGGUAGUGCCACCGUAAUCCUGUGUGACCACACCGCGUGGCAUGAGGAUUGGAAAUAGUGUGUUAUCAGGGCAAGUAAUAAUCCUGUGGGCAGGAGUCAUGGUAAGAAGUACUCUGCUUUUUGUCCUUUGUCUUUGUGUCUAAUAAUGAGCUUGGAAGUUGUGUGCUUCUGAGAUGUAUGCUACUAAUACUGUCGGUUCUGCUACCAAACACAUACAAGGCAUUAAAUACGUUUAUUGAGAAGCUCGGUGUUUUUUCAUUGGAUUUUUUUCUUAUGUUAGCUCUGUUUUAGGACAAAUACUGCAGGCUAAUGUAUUUUUUUGUUUAUGUAAGACCCCACGUCUCAUCUAGCCAAGCAUUUCCUCCAGGAGAGGGGUAAAUGCUUGAGCAGUCAUUGGAACAAUGGAAUUCAAACUGGGAGAGUCACCCCUGCAUCCUGAGAUGUAGCUCUUGGCCAUUUGUUGUCUGAGUGAAGUUUUGCUGCCCCAGUAACCAGCAGCACUUUUUCACAGCUAUUUAUACCUUGUUCAUGGUGAGGAUGGGGGGCUUGUCCAUAUUCCUUUGAAUAUUUUUUCCCCUUUCACUCACUUCUUUGAUAUUCCUGACUGAUGGUAUCCAAGAAUCUGUUAAUAAAGACUGAAUAUUCUGUACUUCA